AUGCCAUUCACCAUCAUUUUCAGCACGACCACUUCUCGUCAUAUUGAAGAAACCCACCCAUCCCCUUCUAAUGAGAAUGGCCGAAGCUUAUUGAAAAGUGAGGUUGUUCGGGCAGUCAAGUUCACCUGUAGUUUCCGUGAAUCUCGCAACCCUCGCUUUCAGCGGGAGGCCAGCCCUCCCCGUGAACAACACAUACAGAACUAUCGCGACAGUGUCGCUGUUGAACGUGAAGAGGUCCAAUCCGUCCAUCGGGAAUCUUCCUUUCAGAGGUUCUGUAGAAGAAGCUUGAAAAUGAAGAAGCUCUCUACCUCCCAAAAGCGGAAGCGUCAAGAUGACGGCGCACCUCCACCGCCAUAUCUUCCGAACAUCGAUGUGCCAUCAGAACUCUCGUCGGAUCCAGUUCCGUCGGAUUCAGUUCCGUAUGAGCUUCCAGGAGAACCCUUUGUCGGCUCCGUGAGCGCGUCUCAUCCUACCGGGCCUGUGUCCGGGGAUAUCUAUCGCCCACGUAUUUCCAAUCCUGUUUCCCGAUUUGGUUCCUCUCUGUCGGCCCUCGACGGCGAUGCUGGCGUGCCUCUAGAAAGCUACACCUGGCCGGGUCCGGGUAUGCUUCGCUACCGCACCGUUGGGGCUGGAAUUUCCCCACACGUUGGGCCUCUGAAAGACGUCGGUUUCGAUGGAAACAUUGCUCCCGGCGCUUCUCAUCCCUUCGCACAGACCACUGACCAGGCAGUCAGCCCAGUGGAGAUAGUCCAGGAUCUCCAGCCAGCAAUCCCAACUAUUGCUCUGGCAGCUGCAGCGCAGCCAUCGCGUAUUGCUUCUGCAGCGCGAAUGACGACUGGAUCGCUUUUUCAAUCCUUAGGUGGACCAGACUGCUGCAUUCGCUGUAGCUUAAUUCACCAACUUUGCGACCGGGCGACUCUCGUUCACCAGCGUUUCCGGGAUAUCGUUGCGCCCCUCUUGCCGGUUGAACUCCAGUCUCGAGAUGCCUUGCUGGCGCUUGGAUUUCGCUCGUUUCGAUCUCUUCACGACGAAAAUCACAUCGCGCUAUCAGAAAGCUUUCCAUGGGCAUGCCUUAUUGCCAUAAUGUUUGUGACUCGCACCAUGCUUGAAUUGCAGUAUCCCAACUACAUCGUCCCGUGGGGAGACCUUCUGAGAAUCGAAGCUCAGCAGUUUGCGGUUGUAUCCAUUGAGCAGGUGAAAGAUGCCGUCGAUCAGCUGGCUUGCAUUGACCACGAAGAGAUCCGGGUCGCAACGCCGGAAGACUUCGAACUAUUUCGCUCGUUCCCAGCUGUAUUUCGUGGUGGGUGGGAAUGGAUAUCCUCGACUAUGUCCGAAUAUCGCUUUAAAUAUAGUGCAACCGAUCCGGGCAGCGCUCAGUUUCAUCCCGUGAUGGAUCAUAUUUUGCGCUCGCUACCUCUUCAAAGCUUCACUGAGCCACAUCACUACAUUGAGCGUACGUUUUUGUCUUUUCUAUUGCCCGCGACGCUUAUGGAAGCGUCAUGUGGGAAACUCGGCACUGCCGAUGUCGACAUUGAGAAUCUGGAUCUCAAUGUUCCUAUCGCGUCCCGUCCAGGCACCGAUGCACACUUAUAUGCGGCCAAAAUUCUUGAAGCUCUUGGCGCCCGUCAGGCAGCUCUCCCUGACCAGGCAGAUAACAUCUGGAAUUCCGUGCAAGAUAUCUGUGACGUCCUUGGGGCCCAGUCUUCGGCACAUUCGGUAUCUGCUGCUAGUCCAGCAAACAUGAUCGGGAAGAGGAUCGAUGAGACAGCAGGAAACAGCACGAACAGCACGAACAGCACGCCUGAAACGCUGUAUACGUCUGUAUUCGGAUCGCCGGGGAACCGCUCUGAGCUGGACUCAUCGCCCAUCACGCAGCCGUGCGAGUCGACUGCGGGCAGCCCCAUGCCGUCCCCCCCUCUUCAAUGCACGCUCUGCGAAUAUAUCCCACUGGAGACGGGACAGCUAUCGAACAGGAAGAAGAAUCUGAAGCGACACGUGGAGAAGGUGCAUGCGCGCGAAGAGGAGAAGUUGGAGUUUGUGUGCACGCGGUGCGGGAAUAAAUAUGGUCGUCGGGACAAUUUGCAGAAACAUGAACAGGACAAACAUGGGGUAGUGAAGAAGAAGAAUAGGGUGCUCAAAUGA